AGAAUAUUGUAUAUCAUUUAUGCUAUUAUGCUUAUGGCAAAUAACAGAAUAACUUUACCAGCUUAAAGGUCCUAACAGACGGACGUACCGGAUCGUAACCUUUAUCCGGUCAGUAAGUAGGUCUCUUUCUCGCUUAUACCCACAAACUAUAUAGAGAUACUACGCAUAUGCUUAUACCUUUCGGAUCCAACCAAGGUUGGGGUCCUCGGGGUCCGACACGCCCGCCUAACCGCUAAAAUACACGCUAGGUGCGCUUUGCAUCUCUUUCCUCAAUAUGUCAAACGAAAGUGAUGGACGCAAAAAGAAACGAACGCAACUUAUGAUGGCAUCACUGUAAAAGUGUCAAUGUCAUUGUCAACCGUAUAUUUUGUUUUCUUGAAAGAUUUAGAUUAUUACUACAGAAUAAUUUAUUAUUGUAGUUCGGUGUUUAAUAUAAACAGUCCAGCUAACUAUAUACUGUUUGCAAGUCGUGAACAUGUUAGAUGCAGAAAUAAAUAAUGAAUGGACAAUACUGGAUUACCUGAAUGAUGACUGCUGGUAUGCAGUGUUGCAAUAUGUGGCCGUCCCAGACCUGAUCCGGACAGAGAGCACCAGCAGGCAUUGGCAGAAACGGUUGCUGCAGUACUUGCGAGGAGUCCGUUUAAUGGUUAUAGACACAUAUAAUUCCUAUAAACUGAAGACUCCCAGAGACAUUCAAAGGACACUAGAUUAAAUCUGCAAAAGCCAGCAUACGAGUCAUUUGUGAUGUGGACUGACAAACUAGGCUCUUCAGUAGUGGCUACUGUCUGCUAUAAUGUGGAAAUUUUGGGAAUAAUUAGAAAGAACUGCCCUAAUUUGGAAAGCCUAUUUUUUUCCGACAUCCCUGACAGUUGUGAGUCACGCGUGUUUCCCUACAAUCUGAAUAAGGACUUCAAAAGCUUGAAGGGGCUAUGUUUCAAUCAAUGUUGUGUAACUGACAACUGCACCAACCAAUUUAUAGCAGAUAAAGCAUUGGAAGAAAUAGACAUUAGUGACUGUCCAAAAGUGACAGGGGAUUUUUUAAAUACCAUAAACCUGUCAAGCUUAAAAUCCGUUGUCUUACUUUCAUGCGAUAAUUUCGACUUGGAGCACUUGAUUUACGCCGACCUUGGCAAUCUGACAAGUUUGAUACUAUAUCAUAUGAAAUAUAGAACAUUUGAAGUCCAAGAAGGAAUACAAAAUAUGCUGGAUAGAAUGCCUAAUUAGAAUAUUUGGAAAUAUACAAUUAUGAUGAUAAAAUGGUUUGCUAUGAUUAUGGGCCUCUAUCGCGUCUGACACGUUUGCAGCAUCUCUUGGUGUCUAUUCAAGUGCCCAAUGAGGGUGUUGAAGCUAUAUUGCAGAACUGCCAGGAGUUGACGAGCUUGAAUUUCUCUGAUUGCGCAGCAAUGACCGGGUGCUCCGUGGCUGCCUCCGUGUGCCGCUGGGGCGCGCGGCUCCGCUCGCUGACGCUGGAUGGCAUCGAGAGUUUGGAUGACGAAGAUGUGGUUGCCGUCAUCAGAGGAUGCCCCGAGAUUAUGUCGUUGGAGUUGAUAGGAUCGAAGUAUUUGACGCCCGACCUGCCGGCGCUCGCGUCGGCGGCGCGCCACGCGGCGCGGCCCGGCGUGCGGCUGCGGCUCCAGAUAGACUACAGCCUUAUGUCGGAUGAGGUUCGAAUGGCACAAAUGUGCGGGGAGUAUGAUCAGUUCAAGUCAGAGUAUGAAGACCUGGAUAUAGAGUUUUUAUGGUUACCUUAAAAUAAUUUUACAGUAGUAAUAUUUUUUUAUCAGAAAAAUCAUUUUUUAACUCAUUUGUCUUUGAGUUACAAUCCUCAUACUUAUUCGACAAUGAGGUUAAAACCAACUGCCAGUGUUGGGCAAAAAGUAAUUGCAUUACGAUUUAUGAAUUGCAAUUACAAAAUGUAAUUUGAAUUAUGAAUUGAAAUUACGGAAAUGUAAUUUGUAAUUGCAUUAAAAUUUCACUGCAUUACAAAAUGUAAUUCGCAAUGCAAUUAGAAAUUACAUUUUGUAAUUUUAAUUCGUAUUGUAUUAUUUCAUGCAUUACAAAUUACACUCACUUAGUAAAAACAUUUUCAUUGUUUUUAUAAAGCAUUCUAUACUUGUUUGUGGGUUUGUGUUCUAAUUUAAUAUGUUAAGGCCAAAUUUUGCAACUCAAUUUUAAGGCACUUAUCCUCAAAAUUAUCAACAAAAAAAUUUUUACAUACUUGUGUCAGUUUUUUAGUACGUGUUUUAGUUCUUACAUUCAACUUUGGACGCUAUUUGUGUCAGUCCAAAACAAAAGGGACCUUAUGGCGGUAUUUUUAGGUGGGUUGAGUCUUCUAUUAAUAGUUAGGUAUAUGUUUCUAGAUUUAUAUCCCUUAGAUAACUCAAUUUCCGCCACACGGUCCCUUUUGUUUAGGACUGACACAUAUGUACACUUUUGCAGUUGACUGUACCUCCCGGAUAUGAUUAUAAAAUGAACCAUAGAGACUCACUUAGAGAUAAAUUUAAGGAAAUUGACAUAUUGACAGUGCACUGUCAAUACAUUUAUGAGAAUAUUCUGUAUGUACAUAAAAAUAUUGCCGAUUUUAAGAAAAAUUGUGACAUUCAUAAUAUUAAUACUAGAAAUAAACAUAAGCUCGCAGUGCCCUUCACUCGGCUCCAUAAAAUUAAAAAAAUCAUUCAUGGGUAAUUGUGUAAGAUUUUAUUAUAAACUUCCAAACCAUAUUACUGAAUUAUCAAUUAAUAAAUUUAAGAAUCAUGUCAAGCGUAAACUUAUUUCUAAAGCUUAUUAUACCACACAAGACUACAUGAAUGAUAAAACAACGUGGAUUAAUCCCACGUGUGAUUCGAAAUGAUUAAUUAUUUAUUAUAUUUGAAUAAUGAUGAUGAAAUGGAUAUUCCAAUGCAUGUAUAGGUAAAAAACUUAAGUAAGUCACCUGUUGUAUGUAGUUGUGACGUGUUCGAAUAGAUAUUUGUUUUGUUUGUGUGUGUCUUUUAAACAUGUAUUGUCUAUUCGAACACGUCACAACUACGUACAACAGUGACUUACUUAAGUUUUUUACCUAUAUGAUUGGAUCCUCAGGAAAAUCAAGAUCGUUUGACAUUAUUUACAAAAAACUGUCAAGUAGCCAAUUGUCUCGGUACUCUCGUUGUUAGUUGACUGUUAAAAACAAAGUGCAGUCGGCGACAGAAUUUUGACAAAAACAUUUUUAUAUCAAUGUUGUUGGCCAAUAUAACCAAAAACCACCUACGUAAUUUGGUCGGGUUCAUUGUUACCCACCAUAAAAACGGUGGACAAUAAAAAACAUCUAUGUCACUUAGGACUUUUUAGAAGUAAGAAAGGACAAGUGAGACUAUGAAAAAGACAAACAAUAAUAGCGUUUUCUUUGCUACUCCUGAAAGUUCCGUAAGAGCAUCUCGUUCAGUCAUCUCCUCCUUCCCCCAUUUCAUCUCUAUAUUAUAGGGAGGGUGCAUGAACUGUAGGAGGCAGCACAGGAGCCGUCAGAUUUUUGGCGCAAGGCGUAAAUGUGAUGCUUUUUGUUCCGAUGUAGCCCACAAGAUGGCAGAACCUACACAAAAAAACACGUGACGUGUACAUGUGCAUGUUUAUGGUUCCGAUUUAGGCCACAAGAUGGCAGACCCUCCAACGCGCACGGUCCCUAUUGUACCUCUAUCUUAAAGAAGCAUAUUAGAAAAAGGUUUUUUUCCCAUAAAUGGCUUUUACUCCUGGCUAGUUUUAGUAAUUUUGAAUAAAUCUGAUAUCGAAUAAAUCUGCCAAUGUCGAGGUGUGGACAUAAAAAGGUUAUUUUUUGUGGCUUUUACUGUUCUUUGUUUAAUUCCAGUUUCGAACAUACUUCGGUCUAAAAAAAGCGCAUGGGAUUUGUUGCAAGGCCUGUGAUCCUUAAUUUAGAGAAAUAUUUGUUUAACUGACAACACUGUAAAUCGCAAUGAAGUGUCAAUGUCAACUGUCAAGUGAAGUGACUGUUACUGACUGU